AUGGCGGUUGAUAUUGAGAAUAAGAAGGGCUCGAUUCCAGAGCAUGAUUUCAGAAACAGGCUAACAUGGACCUUGUAUAAUCUUUCCAAAUUUCGUUUUUUCCAGGCAUGGCUUUGCUGCACUUCGCUCUUGGGACUUCUGGGUUUGAUAGGCGGGUCUCACAAAGUUCUCGAAACUAUGUGGAACGCUUCUAUUCAAGGGGUUGGUCUUUACUUAGGUUUGAUGGGAAUGAAGUAUCGUGAAAUUAUAAGCAAGAAUAUCGAGACCUUUUCUUGCGAACUCAUCACCGAAGACCCAGGGGUAGAUGAUACUAAAUGGGACUUGAUUGCGUCUCGCACGAACGAUUCCUUUUUUGAAGAAGGCACUUGGCAUACACCUUAUUGCUGGUACAAUGGAGUUCAUUGCCGCCAGGUUUUCAGAGCGAGGGUUUUAAAGUCUGCUGAAAAACGCUCCUUGAGCGCUGAUCAGGCGAUUUCGACUUAUCUGCAAUCCAUCGAUGCUGCCUGGAAUGGAGCGCAUGGAGAGGAACUAAAAAAACUAAUUGUGAACAGCGGGUUACCUCUACCGAAAGAAAACUACCUCAGCAAAUGCACUUGGCGUGCCAGAUACUGGAUCAAGGAUACGGAAAACCUAGGAAUGUUUUUUCUCUUUACCAUUUCAUUGAUGCCCUAUACUUACAGUUGGAUGCUUUAUAGCGCUAUUCCGAUAGGCUUUUUCUGCUUUUUCAUGUCUAGUCGCGACAAAAAACGAGACGCUUUUGAGAUUCAGGCCGGCCUGACAUUUUUGAAAGCUAUAGUAUGCUGCAGGCCUAAAUCAGAUCCUGAUAUAUGGGAUAGUAUUGCCAGUUAUAUGAAUCAGUAUCUAUUUGAAACAGGAUACUGGCGCACCAAUGAAUAUUUCUUUGAUGGUAAAGAUUGUGCAAAGUUCUUUAAAGGCGCUCGCUUUUUUAUCACCAAACUCGACGUUUUCGCCACAGAGUUUGUUGAGCUCAAAAAGUAUAUUGAAGAGGCUCUUGAGGCUACAGAGAGUUAA